AUGAACCACACCGCCCUGAGUUCAGUUCGGAGUCAUUGCACCUUGCCAUUCCCUGGCAGAAACGUCGCUGCUGAGGCCUUGAAGGCCUACCUCACCUCCCACUCGUGCUCCCCAUCGCUCCUCCUCCGAUCUAGCUCUCGUCCCUACUCUACGCAACCUGCACCAUGGACAGAUGACUCUGCUUCACACAAGGUCCCAGACAUCCAGGAGCGGGAUCAGAAAGCCUCCUUUACCGACACUGCCAAACAGCGUCUGGCAAACAGAGAAUUCUUCACGAGCCUGUUGAGCUCGGCGGCGACCAAAAGAGAUGCAAAGGCGUAUAUAUCCCGGCUUAAGAGCCCGGAAAAGGCACCCCCGGAGCAGAAGGAUGCUCCACCAAGAUCACAACCUCAGGUCAAUGCGGGAGAGCUGCUCGGUCGAACGAGAGCCUCUGAGGAAAGUCCAGUCUUCAAGCAGUAUGAAAAUGGGAAACACUCGACACUUGAAGAGCUAGAGACCUUGCAUGUGGCCCUCGUCAAGAUCAGCAACAUUAAUGCCAUGGCUGACGAGGUAGUAAAGGGCAUUGCGCAGACCUUGUCUUCUCUUUCCCGCCUGAGCAUGGCACCCUGCGUUGUCUUGGAGGAAUCGCAACAUGAAAGUCCGCAAGCGACGCGAGCAACUCUCGCUCAGGCUGCAGAUAAACUUGUGGCUGCUAUUGACUCGGUUCAUCCCUCGGGAGCGAGAAUACUUGACAAUGUCUUGAGUUUCGCUACUGACGGCAGGCCACAAGUCUUCCUCCGAAAGCUUUUGACCCGCCCUCUCAGGCGAGGGAGGAUACCUAUCGUCCUUCCAGUAGCUUAUUCCACAGAAUGGUCACAAGCUGUAUCGAUCACAGCGGACGAAGCCGUGCUGGCCUUGACCAGAGAACUUUCUGGAUACAAGUCUAACCCUCGAGAGGGCCAACAGCUCGAGACGGCGCGCAAGCAGAUAUCCUUGGACAGAAUUAUCGUUGUCGAUGAGACUGGGUCGAUCCCAAGCACAAAAUCCAUUGACAAACGGCAUGUGUUCGUCAACCUGGAGCAGGAAUAUGCCGCCAUGCAGGAAGAACUGAGAAGCUCAACUGAAGGAAACGUUUCUCAGAAACAUGCCUCGAACCUGAAAUUAUUUCGAGAUGCUUUGAAAAUGCUUCCCCCUUCUUCGUCCGGAUUACUGACUACGCCGCUUGAAGCUGCAAACAGUACCAGGUUGAACGACACCAGAGGGUCGGGUGUCGGGACGAGGAGGCAAAAGAACCCUUUAAUCCACAACCUCUUGACAGAUAAGCCGGCAUAUUCAUCAUCGCUGCCUACAAGCAGACUGGCACACGAUGCGUCCUCAACACCAGUGACGACCUCGACUUUUGUGAAACGGGGUAUGCCACUUACUAUCUUGCCAAAUCCUCACGCACAAACUUGGACUGCUACGUCGAAGCCUCGUCUACAAUUGACCGACCCCAGGAUCGACUUGGAUCGUCUUACAUACCUCAUUGACGACUCGUUCAAUCGGAAGCUCGACGUGGAAGCAUAUCUGAGGCGCGUCAAUGAUCGGAUCGCCGGCGUGAUCAUUGCAGGUGAAUACGAAGGCGGAGCGAUCCUUACGUGGGAAACCCCACCGGGCUGUUCUGACGAUGACACCGACCGCCUAGUGCCGUACCUUGACAAGUUUGCGGUCCUCAAGAAAUCCCAAGGCGCAGGCGGCGUCGCCGACAUUGUGUUCAACGCCAUGGUGCGCACGUGCUUCCCCAAUGGCGUGUGCUGGCGCAGUCGAAAGGACAACCCUGUCAACAAGUGGUACUUUGAACGGUCGAGGGGCACGUGGAAGAUCCCCGAGACCAACUGGACCAUGUUCUGGACGACGCCGGGCGUUUUCGAUGAUGACGGCCACAAGACACGCGUCUUUCUCGACUACGAGAGUGUCUGUCGGUCCGUGAAGCCCACCUGGGCGGAUGGGAAGAGGAUUGCCGAUUAG